AUGACUCUUGGGGUUUUCGAUAUAAUGCAUGUCUCUGCGCCUGAGCUGAAGCGGUUGAAAAUAGUAUCAGAUAAUACUCCGGGGCCUCAGUUAUAUGUCGAUAGCAUCAGUGCAUUGCCAGAUGCACUUAUUAGUCACAUACUUUCCUCACUUCCAACAUUAGAUGCCGUGAGGACCACCGUUUUGUCUAGAAGAUGGAACAACCAGUGGACUUCUAUUCAAAAUUUAGACUUUGAUGAGGGUAACGAUUAUUUUAGGACUGCUCACAGUGACCGUGAUCGGUUUACCAGGUUUGUUAAUCGUGUACUUCUUUCUCGAGACUCAUCAGAUAUCCAGAAGUUCACUCUUCUUUUUAACAAGGCUCAUUUUCGUCAUAAUCCUAGCACUGCCGAUUGGAUUUGCACUGCUGUUAGGCGCAAUGUGGUUGCACUCCGACUUGAAUAUAUAGCGGGGACUAGUAUUCAAAUGCCUCGAAGUGUUUUUACAUGCAAAACACUGCGGAUUUUGACUUUGCGCUUCAUUGGUAGGUAUAUUACUUUUGAUCCUCCUACAUCCGGGUGUUUCCCCAGUCUCGAGUCCCUCAAAAUUACAGUUAGAGAUCCUGUUGAGCACGAAAUGGAAAAGCUCUUUUCUUUCUGCCCUAAGCUUGUUAAUCUGCGCGUACAUAUUUUAGGAGUUGCUGCGUUUAAUUUCAAGGUCUCUGCGCCUGAGCUGAAGCGGUUGAAAAUAGUAUCAGAUAAUACUCCGGGGCCUCAGUUAUAUGUUGAUGCCCCAAAGCUUGAAAAUCUUGAUCUAUUAUAUUCUAUAUGA